CCUACGACUCUCGCGCCGCCGGCAGUUUUUAUGACAUAACGGAGACGCACGCACGUCUGUACAGUAAAAAUGUUCUCGCCGCGGUUAAUUGUGUUUGUCGCGUUGGUUGCCGUCGCAGCCACCUAUCCCGCGAACGAUGACGUUCCACGUUCUAUUUCUACGGGUCUGGGAAGCGAUAUAGGGGAACCAUCUUUGUGGUUCGGUAUGCCACGCUUCGGAAACAUAUUCGGACCCCUUACGUCACUGUUCUCAAGCUUCACGGAAAUCGGCCCGAAAAUCGUAGUCGAUGACGAUAGGUUCAGAAUCGUUGUCAACGUUAAGGACUACAAGAAAGACGACUUGAAGGUUAAGGUGAAGAAUGACUUUAUUUUCGUUCAAGGAUCGCAGGAGGCCAAACAAGAUGAUCACGACUUGUUUGCCAGUAACUUCUUCCACACCUACAGUUUGCCAGUAAACGCUAGCGCAUCGGAUGUCACCGCGACACUGUCAAGUGAUGGAUAUUUGAUCGUCGAUGCUCCAUUGAACGGUAACAGCGACAAAGACGAAUCCGUCGAUAGAGUAGUGCCGAUUGUUGAAAGCGGUGAGCCUUAUAAAAAGAAUACGGAAGACAAAGUCGAAAAUGUCGACAAGCCCGCUUCGACAAAUGCUCCCAUCGAAAUCGAUGAAUCUUCAAAAGCAACCACAGGUUCACCCACAACGGUAACUGACUUUGACGAUGACAAGAAAGAACCCACAACGCCAUCGAACCGCGAAGAAGUGACCGGUAAUGCCAUCCCCAACGAUGAACUGAACGAAGUCAGCGGCGCAAACGAAGUCAAACCCUAAAGUGAUAUUAUUGAUUAAGUAUGUAUUUAUAAAACAGUAUUUUAAUAAAUAAAUGUAUUAAAUAAUAA